CUUUUGUUAAGUUCUGCAGCUUCUUCCCGUUUCAAAAGUUGCUAACUUUAGCUUAUUUAGCUAGCCACAACGUUAGCUAGCACGUUGACCCCGACAGGACAAGCUUGAAUCACUGUUUAUAAAGUAGCUUCGUACCUCGAGAACCCAGCCUUAAAUCAUACGCUAGUAAUGGUAACGUCAUCCCACUUGAUCGUAAUAUUUCCUCUGUUUUAUAAUUAGGCUAACUUUCAGAUCUGGUGGUUAACCGAAGUUAACAGCAAUGAUGGAUGCUCUGUCGGUGGUUACUCAGCUGCGGGACCUGGCAUCUGAACCGCAGAACCGAGAUGUGAUCGUCCAGGAUCAGGGCUGUCUCCCCGGGCUGGUUCUCUUCCUGGACCACCAGAACACAGACGUGCUUUUUGCAACUCUUCAGACCUUGCGCUACUUGGCUGAGUUGUCCCCCAACAUCCCCACCAUGAAGAAUGAACUGGGUAUGAUGGUGAGCUUGGAGAAUCUAAUUGUAAGGCAGGGCCUGUCUGUUGACAUCACGUCAUUGGCCCAGGAGGUGUAUGAUAUUCUGACUGCGCCUGCUAAACCCAUCCCCCGCACGCCUGAGAGGGAGAGGAGAAAGAAACCCCAGUUCUUUAUCAACUCCUCUCAAAAGAAGGCCAAGUCUGUCACUCUGCACAUCAAGGGCCUGGACAGCACUGACCAGCGAAGCUUGUGUGAGGAGGCUCUUCUGAAGGUCAGAGGGGUAAUCAGCUUCACCUUCCAGAUGACUACCAAGAGAUGCACUGUCCGCAUCCGUUCAGACCUGCCCACUGAGAGUCUGGCAUCAGCCAUCGCAGCCACUCAGGUGCUGUCGGCCCAGCAGGUGGUGAAGAAUGAGGCGGGAGAAGAGGUUUUGGUCCCUCUAGACGCAUCUGGAGUGGACGUCCAGAAGAACUCAGCUAUCCCAGACUACCUCCCAGAAGAAGAGGAGAGCCCAGAGAAGGAGGUGGACCGAGCGAUUUCCCGCACCACAGCUAAAGAAGAUUCCAGUGGAAGCUGGCUCAACGCCGCCGCCGGUUUCCUCACCAAAACGUUCUACUGGUGAUACUGCUGCAGUUCAAAUCCCAGAGUUGUGGAAUACAGCUGCUGUGUAUAUAACUAGAGUGGACAUCACUGGAGGUUAGCAGCCCUCGGGCUAACAUCCUGCCUUUGUGAGGACUUCACCAACAGUCAUCAUUUGUUGUGAAUAACUAGAAAUGACCCAGAUGUGCAUAAGCACUUCUGGUUAAGCAGUUGAAUAUAGAGGAUCACACACUUGAAAGCAUAUUUUGUCUCUGGACCUGCGUAUAUGCUGAUUUCUAUCCACUAUUUUCAUGAAGUGUAAAUAUUUUCUUUAUCUUUCUUUUUCUCUAAACUGUCUCUACAUGUAAGAAAAACAACUUUAAAGACUUUUUCUACUUUGACACUGAUGGAAAAGUAUUUUCUGUAAAAAUGCUGUAUGUUGCUAGUUAUUUUGGUUUAUGCUAAAAUAAAUCUGCUCCAUGUUUUAAAUGCACCAUUUCUACUCUUAUUCAGUAUUUUGGACCAAAGAGGCAGUGAAUCGUCAAUUCAAAACAUUUUAUUUACUUGCCAGCAGUUGUACAGUGAUCAGUUGUACAGUGGUUCACAGAUCUCCCACAGCCCCUCUUCGUAGUAAAAGCUUUCCAGUUUUCAAAGCCUUGUGUUCUUAGUCAGUCUUAGUAAAAUAUAUCAGCUUUUAAACAUAAUUUAUAGGAUAUGUAUGUAUAACGUCAUUUACAAGCAGUUUAUUUUCAAGCUUUGACCACAUUGAACAGAAUGCCAUGUACCACUGGCAGAAACCAGCACUACAUAAACAAUCUUUCUGGAGUAUCCUUCCAUUUUUGGUGGUACUGCAAUAUUAUAACUAAGAGGAAAGUGCAGAGGUUCGAGAACCAAAUGCUAAGAGAGUAGAAAGGACAGAUAGCUUUGACAUUUCAUCACAGGCUUUGAUAUUCGUUAACAUAAAUCAAGCAGAAGUCACUGGAGAGUUAUGGCAUGUGUCCAAAGUGUCAAAGCUCACGCUGGGAAUGCAUAUCUUCACUUGAGUGAGAGAGACAAGUGACAUCAUACUUGCCACGAUGCGGUAAGGCAAAGGAACACAAUUAGCAGCAUUUCUUCUUAUAAUUCCUCAAUCAACAAAACAUUACAUUAUUUUAACAUUACCACCAUAUUAGUUUAAUUCAUUUUGUAUUUUUCUUGGCCAAAACAAAAGUCAGCGAUGGGAUAAAUGUAAAUGGUAAACGAAGGAAAGGGGUUUAACGACAAAGAAGAUUUUUUCUGCUCCAUUUAAAGAGUAUGGAGGACAAAACAAAGAAUCACAUUUCAUCUGUACAGCAAUUAAAUAAAACUAAACAAAUCAUUAUUUUACGAACAGUAUUUUCUUUUCGUCGUUAUUUAACUUCAUGAUCCUCCCACGCCCACAUUAAUAACUUCCUAGUCUUAAACACUGUAGACACAGCAAAAAUAUAUUACAUGAGACUUUCCUGUAGUCAUAAUACAACUUCAUGCACCGACUUCCUUCCUAUAUCUCUUCAGUAACAUUUCAAUAGAAACGUUGAAUCAUGAGGUUUCGGGUCAAAGAGACGCGUUAAUGAAACCAUGUCAUUCGGAGCCUGUUGUGCGAGUUCCAGUUAUAACGCCACAUUAUGUCCGAUUACAGUGUUCUACAGUAGCAACAACAAAACAUCUCUUCAAGUAUCAGGGCUGAAGACUUUACAGCUGAUCUCAGUUUACAUUAUUAUUAAUCUCAUUCACACACAUUUAGAGAGUCACAAGGGGGCAUUCGAUGCCCCUGUGAUUUCAGAUUCACUUC